AUGGACGGCUUGAAAGAGAGUCAGGAGCUCUUGGCUGCCUCUAACGAUGUGUCGAUGGCCAUGGGCGAGCCCGAUGCCGAUCUCGACGCGCUCUUAGCUCAACAAGCAACUCUCCAGGACAAGAUUGAGCAACUGAAUUGCUGGCAUUUGAGUCAUGAAGUCGAGAAGGCCAUGGCAGCACUGAAAGUGCUACCACGAGAUACGGACGUAGACGUGCUGUCAGGAGGCGAACGACGACAACAUGAUCGAGGCGAGACGUACGAGUAUGAAGGCAAUUACACUACGUGGCUCACACAGCGUCGUAAUCGCUUGAACAUGCAGCGAAAGGGCGAUGCUGUCCGUGCAAAACAAAUUGCAUCUGAAAUUGCCUGGGUACAGGAGCACCAAGGAAGUAAGAAGGUCAACAAAGCGCGUGUGAAGAAACUACAAGACAUGGAGUCCAGUGGCUUCCGAACGUCAGCACGAAUCGACGAAGGACAGAUCGUCGUGCCGUCGGGCUCGUGUCUGGGUAACAAGGUGAUCAAGGUGAACAACUUGCAUAAAACAUUCAACGAUGGCCGUGUGCUGUUUGAUAAGCUCUCAUUUGAGAUUCCGCCUCAUGCGAUCGUCGGUAUAGUUGGAGGAAACGGAAUGUAG